AUUAUUGUGCAACCUAGAGGAGUUCAGCAUUCUCCGCCUUCUUUCUCCAAUUUGCAUAAUACAAAGUACUUAAGGGCCAACUUAUCCUGAGCUGAAAGAGGUUCGUUGGAGGAGCACCGGAGACUGCAGAACGACAAGAUGGCAACCUGGACAAGUCUUCUCUUGACUCAAGUGACCGUCAUGGUCAUGUCUGUAGAGACUGGCUUUGCAGAGGAGACAGCAGCUAGUUGCUGUGCACAGCUGAAAGGCUUGUCCCAGUGUGGGACAGACAAAUUCUUUUUCCAGGGCCAGCCGGGCACUCCAGGGAUACCUGGCACUCCAGGAGUAAAUGGAUUCCCGGGAACCAAGGGAGAUCCUGGCCCUCUUGGCCCUCCAGGUGAGAAAGGCUCUGCUGGGGAGUUUGGCAAAGCUGGACCUAAGGGAGAUAAAGGAGACAAAGGAGAUGUCUGUGCUUCCGAUGGCCAUAACAGCUGCCAGCAGCAAGAAGGGACCAGAGCCAGCAACUGCAAAGAGCUUCUAGACCUGGGCGAGUCCCUCAGUGGCUGGUACACCAUCUUCCCUACAACCAACAAAUCACUGACUGUCUUCUGUGACAUGGAGACUGAUGGAGGAGGCUGGCUGGUGUUCCAGAGGCGCCAGGAUGGAUCAGUCAAUUUCUAUCGUGGCUGGGAAUCCUACAAGAGGGGAUUUGGGAACCAAGCAUCAGACUUCUGGCUGGGCAACGACAACAUUCAUUUGUUGACUAGCUCCGGGACACACCAACUGCGAAUCGAUGCAGAGGACUUCAGCAGUGUCAAAACGUUUGCCCUGUAUAAUGACUUUAAAAUCCUGAGUGAGAAGGAAAACUACAGUCUGAACCUGGGCUCCUACUCCAGUGGUGACAUGGGAGAUUCUCUCUCAUCGCACAACCAGCAGCCAUUUUCAACGCUGGACAAAGAUCACGACAAAAGUGCCUCCAACUGUGCUGAAAUCUACAAGGGCGCCUGGUGGUACGAAGACUGUCAUCAGUCUAAUCUCAAUGGACUCUACCUCAAAGGCGAACACAGCUCUUAUGCCAAUGGCAUCAACUGGUCUUCUGGGAAGGGAUAUAAUUACUCUUACAAAUAUGUGGACAUGAAAAUAAGACCAGAGUAGGUAGUGAAGGGUGAAUGGAUACCUUUAGAGCAGGGAGCUUGGCUUGGCUUUAACUCUAAUUUAGCUUUUAUCCCUCAGGGAGGGAGGGACACAAGUGUCCAUUUUGGU